UUUUUUCAGACAGAGAAAUUUAGAAAACAAUUUGCAAUAGAAAAUGCUAAUUUAAGUACUUAAACUGUUGAAAUAAAUACAAUAGAAAUAUAACAAGUGCGGCAACAAGUUUUUUCUUUACCGAAAUUUAGCAAGAACAAAGUAAACUUUUUCAUAAAUCCCAGAGAGCAAGAAACAAUAACUUGCAAAAAUGGAUCGCAAAGCUGAAUUGGAACGUAAAAAGGCCAAAUUGGCCGCACUUCGUGAGGAGAAAGAUCGCCGUAGGCGUGAAAAGGAGAUGAAGGAUAUGGAAGAGGCUGCUGGACGGAUCGGUGGUGGUGUCGGCAUCGACAAAGAUCAGCGGAAAGAUUUAGAUGAGAUGUUAUCCUCACUAGGUGUUGCACCAGUCUCGGAAGUUUUAUCUUCCUUGUCAUCUGUAAAUUCUGUAACAUCAGACAACUCCAAUACGCAAACUCCGGACGCAAGUUUGCAAGCGAAUAUGAAUGGUGUUGGCGUCGCCAAGAAGCAGCCUUUGAAUUUGAGCGUUUACAAUGUACAAGCAACUAACAUUCCACCAAAAGAAACUUUGGUAUACUCAAAACAAACGCAAACUACUAGCACCGGAGGACACGAACGUGAUGUUCUUUCUUGCCACUCCUCACCUCUAUCAGGAUACAUGGAGGAUUGGUGGCGGCCACGUAAAGCUCAUGCUACGGACUAUUAUGACGAAUACAAUCUUAAUCCGGGUUUAGAAUGGGAGGAUGAAUUUACAGGUAGGUAAACUCUGCGGUAAUAU